AUGUUUUCGACUCAGGUGAUAUGCAAGAUCCCUAAUGUUAAAUGCAACGUCAGUGACCCCCUUCCUUUCCUUUACAAGUAUUACCAGUCAGGAAAUCUCAUCAUUGCUGGUAUUAUGUCUCAGAUCUCCAUAUUUUCCAGUGUGAUAACCUUUGAAAAACGUCCCUCUAUUGACCUAUUUGAUGAAAUUGUGGUCAUGACGCAGCUCUACCAACACAUUCUGGCCUUGGCAUUUGCUGUAAAGGAGAUAAAUGAAAAUCCCCAAAUCUUAGCCAACAUCACCCUCGGCUUCCACAUCUAUAAUAGCCGUUUCAUUCCAAGCUGGACCUAUCGUGCCUCCUUGGAACUCCUCUCUACAUAUGGCAGAUUCAUCCCUAACUACAAGUGUGACAUCCUGAACAAUGCAGUAGCAGUCAUUGGAGGAUCUAACGCUGAAGUCUGUCUCCACAUGGCAACUAUCCUGAGCAUCUACAAGAUUCCACAACUCAUAUAUGGUUCUGUGCCAGUGACAAAUAUGAAAACUGAAACUGUUUUCUAUCAUCAGAUGCUUCCCAAUGUGGAGCAUCAAUAUACAGGGAUUCUCCAAUUACUGCUGCAUUUCAGGUGGACAUGGACUGGGUUGUUGACCGUGAAGGAUGAGAAUGGGGAGAGAUUUGUACAGAAUGUGGUUCCAAAAUUUAUCCAAAAAGGUGUCUGCUUUGAUUUCAUAGAAAGUUUCCCAUCAAUUACUUAUUCUAGUGGGAUUGCUGACUUGGUUGCAGAGGGGAUCAAGACAUUCAAUUCUGUCAUGAGAAGCACAGUUAAUGCAUUGAUAAUUUAUGGUGAAAUUGAUACUAUGAUAUUGUUGGGAAUGUUUCCUGACUUGUCAAAAUAUGAGAAUUUACCCAUAAGGGCUAAAAGUAAAGUCUGGAUUAUGACAGUCCAGAUUGAUUUUACAUCACUUCCCUUUCAAAGAGAUAGGGACAUAGACUUCCUCCAUGGUUCCAUAUCCUUAUCACUCCCCUCAAAGGAAGCACCUGGAUUCAAGAAAUUUCUUCAGAUGAGAAAUCCCUUCUUGGAAAAACAAGAUGGCUUUUUCAGUGUCUUCUGGGAAAAAGCAUUUAUCUGUUACUUCCCCAACUCUGAGGGACAUGAGCAAGAUGAAAAUAUUUGCACCGGGGAAGAGAAGCUGGGGACUCUUCCUGCAUCUGUUUUUGAAAUGAGCAUGACCACCCACAGCUACAGCAUCUACAAUGCAGUCUAUGCUGUGGCACAUGCUUUGCAUGCCAUGCAUUCAUCUAGGUUCAAAAACAGAGCAACAAUGAAGGAAGGAAGGCUGAAGCUUUGGAAUCAACAGCUGUGGAAGCUCAACCAUUUUGUGAGAAGCAUCUCCUUUAACAAUAGUGCUGGGGGAAAAGUUUCCUUCAACCAAAAUGGAGAGCUAGAGGCUGGACUUGAUAUUAUAAACUGGGUCACAUUCCCAAACCAGUCCUUUCUUAGAGUAAGAGUUGGAGCUAUUGACCCAAAAGGGCCCCUGGGGAAACAAUUCGUCAUUCAUGAAGAUGCCAUUGUGUGGCCCAGCACGUUUAACCAGGCACUGCCCCUUUCUGUGUGUAAUGGCAAUUGUCAUUUGGGUCAUAGUAAGACCAAGAAGGAAGGGAAGCCCUUUUGCUGCUAUGAUUGCCUUCCAUGUCCAGAAGGGAAGAUUGCAAACCAGAAGGAUAUGGAUGACUGUUUGCAAUGUCCAGAAGAUCAAUAUCCAAAUGAUGGCAAGGAUUCAUGUAUUCCAAAAAUCAUAACUUUCCUCACUUAUGAAGAACCUUUGGGGAUCACUUUGGCCAUUUUGGCUCUUUUGUCUUCUUUCAUCACAGGUUCAGUGCUUGGCAUCUUUAUUAGACACCACAACACUCCCAUAGUCAAAGCCAACAACCGGAAUCUCACCUACAUUCUCCUCAUCUUCCUCCUGCAGUCCUUCCUUUGUGUGUUGCUAUGUAUUGGUCAGCCCGAUAAGGUCAAAUGUCUCCUUCAACAAACUGCUUUUGGAAUCAUCUUCUCAGUAGCAGUUUCUUGUGUUCUGGCCAAAACCACCAUUGUGGUUUUAGCUUUCAUGGCCACCAAGCCUGGCUCCAGAAUGAGGAAAUGGGUGGGGAACAGACUGGCCUUUACAAUUGUUCUUUCCUUCUCCCUGAUUCAAAUCACUACUUGUACUGUAUGGCUCUCAACCUCUCCCCCAUUCCCAAUUUUCAACAUGCACUCAGUGACUAAAGAAAUUGUAUUAGAAUGUAAUGAGGGCUCAAUCACCAUGUUUUUCUGCAUCUUGAGUUUUAUGGGCUUGCUGGCCAUUGUCAGCUUCACUGUGGCCUUCCUAGCCAGGAAGUUACCAGACAAUUUUAAUGAAGCCAAAUUUAUCACCUUCAGCAUGUUUGUCUUCUGCAGUGUUUGGAUCUCCUUUGUUCCAACCUACCUGAGCACAAGGGGUAAAUACAUGGUGGCUGUGGAGAUUUUCUCCAUCUUGGUCUCUAGUUUGGGUUUGCUGAUUUGUAUCUUUUUUCCAAAGUGCUAUAUCAUUUUAUUGAAGCCUGAGUUGAACAACAAGGAGCAACUAAGAAGAAGAAACAAUAAAAGCUCUGCUACUCAGGAAUACGUGAAUGAUGACAGGGGAAUAGAAAAACUAAUGCACUUCAAGACAUUUCCAUGUAAGAUGCUGUUGUUACCUGUGUGGAUAUUAGCAUUGCUGCCUCAGAUGUCAUGCAAUGCUCCCAUCGCUAAAUGCAACAUCAAUGACCCUCUUUCGAUUCUUCACAAGUAUUACCAGUCAGGAGACCUCAUAAUUGCUGGCAUCAUCUCUCAGUUCUUCAUGUUUUCUGGUGAAAUAACCUUUGACCAACAUCCUUCACUUGAACUCAUUAAUGAUUACUUGUAA